GAGGAGGAAAAAAAAAAAAGGCUCCGAAGGCCAAAGAAAGGAGAGGAGAAGAGAAUCGAGGAUGUCGGCCCCGGACUGGCUGAACUCCGGCGAUAACUCAUGGCAGCUGGUGGCGGCCACGCUCGUCGGCGUGCAGAGCGUCCCCGGGCUGGUGAUCCUCUACGGCAGCAUCGUGAAGAAGAAGUGGGCGGUGAACUCGGCCUUCAUGGCUCUGUACGCCUUCGCCACCGUCCUCAUCUGUUGGUCCGGUUGGGGUUUCCGCAUGGCCUUCGGCGACCUCAUGGUCCCCUUCUGGGGUCGCCCCGACCUCUCCGCCCUCGACCAGAAAUACCUCGUCGGCCAGGGCUUCACCGGCCUGUACCCGGCCGCCACGCUGGUCUACUUUCAGUUCGUGUUCGCCGCCAUCACCUUAAUUCUCAUCGCCGGGGCGCUGCUCGGGAGGAUGAACUUUAAGGCGUGGAUGAUGUUCGUGCCGCUGUGGCUGACCUUCUCGUAUACCAUCGGCGCCUUCAGCGUCUGGAGUCCCAAAGGCUUCUUGUUCAAGGCUGGUGUCAUGGACUUCGCCGGUGGCUUCGUCAUCCACCUCUCCUCCGGUGUCGCCGGAUUUACUGCUGCUUACUGGGUUGGCCCCAGAAUGGCGAAGGACCGGGAGAGAUUUCCGCCCAACAACAUCCUACUGACUCUGGCUGGAGCUGGCUUGUUAUGGAUGGGAUGGACUGGGUUCAAUGGUGGGGCUCCCUACGCAGCCAACCUCGAUGCAUCCAUAGCUAUCAUCAACACUCAUGUUUGCACUGCCGCCAGCCUUCUGGUCUGGCUUUCCCUUGACAUGCUUUUCUUCGGCAAACCCUCGGUGAUCGGUGCCGUUCAGGGCAUGAUCACUGGCCUUGUCUGCAUUACUCCAGCUGCAGGUCUAGUGCAAGGUUGGGCUGCCAUGGUUAUGGGCAUUCUGUCAGGAAGUAUCCCCUGGUUCACCAUGAUGGUGCUCCACAAGAAGAUCAAAUUGCUCAAGAAAGUCGACGACACGCUCGCCGUGUUCCACACGCAUGCUGUCGCCGGCAGCUUAGGUGGCAUCCUGACCGCCAUCUUCGCCGAUCCCAGCCUCAAUCAUCUAUUCUUUGGUGAUGACCCCAGAUACAUUGGGCUUGUCUAUGCUUUCAAGGAUGGCCGGGCUGCGGCGGGCUUUCGCCAAAUGGGCAUGCAGUUUGCCGGCAUAGCUUUCAUUGUGGCCAUCAAUGUUACCAUCACCACAGCGAUAUGCCUGCUGAUCAGGCUCUUGGUGCCUCUUAGGCUCAGUGAUGAGGAAAUGAUGAUUGGAGAUGAUGCCAUCCAUGGGGAGGAUGCAUAUGCUGUGUGGGGUGAUGGGGAGACAUACGAGAAUUCCAUCCAUGGACUGGGGAAUAUAUCCGUUGCCAAGGCUGAUGAGAUGAUAUGAGGGCUUUAGGAUGUGGUGGUGGUAGAUUGAAAAAAGGGAGCUGUCCUCGGUAUCUCUAUCAUGGCUAUUAAACUAAAGAGAUUAUACAAGUUGUGAACUACAUAUUCUUGUUGAAUUUAGGAUGGUUUUUUAUGCAUUUGUAAAAGUUGGUCAUGUGACAUUGUUUUACCUUGCAGUUUAAUACUUAAAUCACUUUAGCCAUUAAA